ACGGGUCACAGUGAAAACAAGCGAAAACCGACGCGUCGCGAUCUCGAAGCGUUGCUCGCAUCUCCCCUUCCCUCCUCGUCUCCUGUGGGUUUCAGGCCCACAAAAGAGGCGCGCCACCAUAAAUCCUACCAUAUCGAUCGCCUCCCCCGACGCCGAUCCUUUCGACUCGAUCGGUUUCCCGAGAUCCAUGUCACGUCUUAAUCUUUACGGCAUAGCACGAUGCCAAUGUUCGUUCCAGUUCAAGGUCAGCCGAUUCUUGCCUCCUGUUCUUUCGUGUGUGAAUCAAUUGGUAAUGGCCUUUGUAAUUGUCCAUCAUGCGCUUCGAGAUUUCUCUUUCCAGCUUAAUUUUUUAUGCGGGGAUUGGUGGGAAUUCUUGUUAUGAAAUGUUCUGCUGCUUCCACCUACGGUCGCGAUUGAUAUUUUAUGCGCAAUAAGUUGUAAUUCAUCUUUACCUGGUGGUCAAUUCUCUUUUGCGGUAGGCUCGACGGGAACGGAAUUCUUGCCCUUCACUUGUUCGAUGAAAUGACAGCAAAGUCUCCAAUCUUCGUUAUUCGGAGGCAUCUUCCCAUCUGGGUCUCCCUAAAUUAUCGUUCUUACACAAUUGCAAGUGCUGCACUUGUUCAGGGUCCUCCCAAAGAUGACAAAGACGCUCCAGAUUCUGCUGAGUUUGUAUCUGCGGUACAGGUGCUUAAGAAUCGGCUUCAUCCCGACAGACUUGUUCAUGUCUUGGAUUCUACAUCUGAUGUGACCUUGGCUCUUAAGGUGUUUAAGUGGGCUUCAAGGCAGAAAAGGUUCCAGCAGACAGCUGAGACUUAUGGCCAUAUGAUUUUUAAGUUGGGAAUGGUGGGAGAUCACGAAGAAAUGGAGGUUCUUUUGAACGAGAUGGUUAAUUUACAACUUCAAAAUAUAGAACAGACCUUUGAUUACUUGAUCCAUGCAUUUUGUAAAAAUUAUAGGCCUGUAGAAGCUUUACAGGUUUUCAAAAUUUCAAAUUUGGCAAAACACAGGGUAUCAGUCUCAACAUGCAACGCAUUAUUAGAUGCUUUUGCUUCACAGGGUGGAAAUUUUUGCUCGUUGAUGUUUGUCUAUAAGGAAAUGGUCAAAGCAGGGAUUCUUCCAGAUGUUGAAACAUUGAAUCACUUAAUAAAGGGUUUAUGUGACAUUGGGUGCUUGGACUUAGCGCUAACCCAGUUUCAUAGGAUGGAUAAGAAGCAGUGCUUUCCAAACAGCCAGACAUUUGAGAUACUCAUUAAAGCUCUUUACACUAGUGAACAAGCAGACAAAGCAGUUGAGUUAUUGAAUCAGAUGCUGGAUCUACAAAUCUCUCCACAUUUUGAUUUCUAUAAUAGUAUUAUACCUCUUCUUUGCAGCAUCAACAGAUUCAAAGAAGUCAUUAAGUUGCUUAGAAUUAGGGAAGAUGCAGGUGGCAAUCUGGAUUUACAUUUGUAUAGCUAUCUGAUUAAUUGUUUGUCUGCCAAUCAACAAAUAGAGAGUGCUGUAGAACUUAUUCGUAAAAUCACAAACUCAGGCCUUGCUCCUUUAACUAAUAUGUACAUGGAUAUUGUGGAUGGUUUCUGCAACAUUGGGAAGUUCACUGAAGCCAUGAGCUUCCUGGAUGAAGGACGAGUUUUGGAAAUCGAGCCUUACAACACCUUGCUCAAAGGUUUCUGCGAUGUCAGCAGAUAUCAGGAGGCAACUGUUUACUUGAAGAAAAUGGCUGAAGGGGGUUUGACUAAUGUUUUAUCGUGGUAUAUUCUUAUAAAAGGACUUUGUGAGGAAGGGCUUGUCAGAAAAGCAUUUCAAGUUAUGGGAAGAAUGAUUAUUUCUUCUUCUUCUUCUUUUGUGGUUGAUGGAACUAUUUAUUCUGCUAUUAUAACUGGGUACUGUAAGAUCGGUGCAUAUGAGAAUGCUUUAAGUAUCUUUAGACUGUCCUGUUUGUAUGACCUCUCUUUAGAUUCAGAGUCAUGCUCGCAGUUGAUUGAGGGUUUGUGUGUUGUGAAGAAGAUCCAAGAAUCUGCUGAGGUAUUUUACCACAUUAUUGGUAAAGGUGAUUUGCUUACUAGUAAUGCACUAAGUGAAUUAAUUCAAGGCAUCUGUCACAAUGGAAAGGUGCAGGAAGCCAUCAAAAUGCGUUCUCUCGCUGUUUUUAAUGGCUCAUCUUCUAAUUCAGUCACAAUUUCCACAAUAUUGCUUGGUCUCUUAGAUUUGAACAAGGAAAAAGAUAUCUUAACAUUCCUUUCCCAGAUUUUGGUUGAAGGAUGUGCAUUGGAUGUGAAGACAUACUGCAUUCUCAUUCAUGGCUUGUGUUCCAAGUUUAUGAUGAGAGAGGCUGCAAUUUUGUUCAACCAAAUGGUUCAUGAGAGCUUUAUUCCUAACUCUGAAACACUUGAGCUACUCGUGGUUAGACUGGCAAGUUGUUCGCAAUUGCAUUUGGUCAUGCAUAGUUUAGAUAGCCUGAUCAAGAAAUGUGGACUACUAAGUCCCACAAUGUGUAACGCAGUAAUAUAUAGUCUCAUGAAAGAGGGACACAAGCAUGAGGCCCGUAACUUUUUGGACACAAUGCUUGAUAAAGGGUGGGUCCCAGAUGCUGAGACCCAUGUUUUGCUUGUUGGAAAUAAUAAUAAAGAUGGGAGGAAUGAAAAUGAUGAUGUAUUUAAAGCUCUUGGUGAUGACAAAGUGAGCAAAAUAUUAGCUGAGGGGCUGGAAGAUUUUGACAAUCACAUGGCUUUGAGAUGAAUAGUGCCCUAUAGCAUAUACUUUCCUCUUCUGAAUUCUUUUCAAGUCUAGGCAGUUUUGAAAGAUUGCUCUUUGCUUUCCAUGAGCCGAACUGCAACUUCAAAUUGGAAUUUUACUUGACCACGAGGAACUCUUUGAUAUUGGAUGGCAAAUAUGUCUCUCAAACUUCUAUUUGAAGAUUGGGGUUACUUUGGCUGGGAACUUGUCAUCAAUUUCGGGGGGCUGGUGAUAAACCCAUAGUUGAUCACUAGAUGUCAAAUUCUCAUUGUGCCGUAUUGAUUUUAAUUGGUGCUCUGUAGCUCAAACCUAUAUGGGAAACGUUCUUAAGAGAGAAUUAUGACUACCAUGACAAAAUAUGUCAUUCUUGAGUGAUAUAUAAUCUGCAAUUCUGCAUGCGACCUUAUUCGAGUUUGAAAUCAGAUUUUCAUUUGUGAUGGCCUCAUAAUUCAUUAGGUACUAGAACAAGCUAUGUUGCGGUGUGUUGGAAUAGGCUUCCAACUUUUGGUCGGUUGCAUCAUAAUCAUCACUCAGACUGAUGGAUGUCCUAUUUGUAAGCUCUAGAUUGGCUCACCUAAUCAUAUCUUCUUUAAAUACUUCUUUCCUCAAACCUUUUGGGAUGAACUCCAGUUUAAGUUUGGCCUCCACCAUCAAUUUUUUGACUUUUGGAAUCAAGGACCCGGCUGGAAGAAAGCAGAGGUUUUGACAAACCUAAUUCCAAAUGGAUUCUCAGCCUCAUCUCUAUUGGAUUGUGGACUCUUUGGUUGAACAAGAAUGAAGCCAAACAUUGUCACCACAAGGCCAGGCCUUCCAACCUUAGUUCUGAGCAGAUCAAUAGGCAGAAUGACAGUAUCAGUCUCUGCACCUGUUGGGAACAUGACCUCACUCUGGAAUGUGAUGGAUCUCUCACUCUGUCCUGAUGCAGGUAUUUAAUUUAUAGUCGAAGACUCUACCAACUCAGUAAAGGUGGCUGUUUACGCUCACGGUAAAUCUCAUACUGCCUUGGAGGCUGAAGGUCUAGCAAUAUCUGAAGGGCUGAAGUAUGCAGAGUAGGCGAACAUGUCUAAAAUUUUGGGCUGCACAGAUGCAACUGACAGUUAAUUUUGUUAAUGGGGUCAAGGGCACUCAUUGGCACCUGAAAGCUAUUGUCUCUAACAUAGCAGAGCAUUGCAAAAGGUUGCAGGGAGCAAAGUUAUGGUAAUUCCCAUGAUACCUUACUGAUUCAGGUUUUUGACUUCCUGACUGGAUGUGUAGAGCCCUAUCUAGACGAGAACUGGAGUCACACUGCCUCUUGAAUUUAACAAUCGUUGUUGUUCGACUUGUUUGUACAAUAAAUAGCACUUAUAUGGCUGGUUUAGUUCAGCAUUUGACGAAAAAGAAGCUUGGAGAUGUGGCAAUGGCAGCUUUGAUUGUUCAUGGGAAGCUAUUUAGACACUUCCACAUGCGGUUAUGUGUGUGCAGCAUAACGAUUCAUUCUUUAAUAGAUACGUGAAAGAUUUGGUUGAUUCAUUUUCUAUUUCAUAAUCUCCAGAAGUGAAUGUGACAGGUUUAAUCGUAUGUAACUCAGUUGCAACUCUACUAGAAGGUGAUGACAUCUCAAUUAUUGAUGAUCAAAAUGAGCUAUUCAAUUCCUGUAACAAUUGCAGAAAAUUGGUCUUCUGGAUGAGGUGAAAAAAAAUGAAAGCUCUCCUAAAUCUUCAUGUUCUUCCAAGAAAAAAGAGAGUAAAUUUGCUGGCUUUCAGGCGCUGUCAGCUCAUCUAUCAGUAUGUCCCCCAGUGGCUGGGUUGACUAUCUCCUUUGCUCAUCCAAGCUGCAAUAUUUGUUUCACCAUUAGAAGGGAAUCAGAUUAGCAAUUUGAUGCAAGCUGCUCCUUCUUCAAUGGACUGUGUACGCAAGUUGGAGAUAAUUUUCUACUAUUAGAUUGCCGUCUCUCCCUCACUUGAGGUUUGAGUUGUCUAUGACUGAAGAUGAAAGUUACUGAUCAUGAACAGGUUCUGUGACAGCUACGCUUCCUGACUGAUUCAGGUCCUCCAGUUAAGGGAUAUGAAAUCAUGCCUCUGAUGAAGAAGCAUAAAACAUAUGAAGGGUGGAAGUCAACAUCACCCAAGUCAACCUUUCUCAAAGGAUGAGAAAAGGUAAAAUAAGAGGUGGCGGGAAGCCAGUGGAAGCAAGGUGAACAUUGAGUAGCUUCAA